AUGGAUACGCUAACGUGGUUAUCCCUUGGCCUGCAGCUAGCAGCUCUAUGCUCAAUCGUGGGCGCCCUGCUGCUUUACCUACUGCGGAAGGUGAAGGUGGCUGAAGUGCUACCGGUUGAGAGCGCGAAGACAGUGCUUGUGACGUCCGUUGACUCUGCCUUAGGGUUACAGAUUGCGACAUAUCUAAGCAGCCGUGGUUGGCGGGUGAUCGCUGGAUGCCGACCUGGCGGUCUUGGUGCACGCCUCGCCGAAUCCUGGCUUCAGAAUCACGUAGCUUCAACCCCUGAAAACCAACCAACGCCAAGGCUGGUCACACUAGAAUUGGACGUUGCUAGAGAAGAUUUGCUGGAAGAAGCAGCGCGUGCAACCGCUCAACAUUUACCAGCCGGUGAACAUGGCGUUUGGGCCGUGAUUAACACUGCUGGUAGUAGUGGACGUGGAGGUGCUGCUUGCUGGGAGACGGCUUUAAGAGGAAAUGUGCUUGGCGCUCUGCGGGUAGCCAGAACCUUCGCUCCACUUUUGGCUGCAGCCGCCUCAGAUCAUCCAUACGCAGGCCGAUUGUUUUAUAUAGGAUUAACAUCAGACACAGCUUGCGAAAGUUUAUCCCGUUUGGAUGGAGAAGCCGGUGAGAGCAGCGCUGGCGCAGCGGCGGUUCGUUGGGGCACUUGGGGCGCAGCAAGGGCAUUACGUGCUUCACUGCGCGCGCGCAGACUUCACGUGGUCUUAUUGCACACUCCUGAUUUAUCUGCGGCGGAACUGUAUUCCCCUCCCGUACAAUUAGCACCGCCUAGUCAACCAGUCAGCCGCCCGGAAACGCCUAGUUCAGAUGUAAGUUCAUCAACGGCGACUUGCGCCGUGACUAUGCCUGGCGAAGCAGCCGAAUACAGCGCCAAAGUGCUCCCCACCAGCGCCCUCAAGGUCUUAGAGGAAGCCCUUACCUCCCCCUCACCGAGAGACGCCUAUUAUCUGAAGAUGAAGCAAGAUUCUUGGUUCACGAGAAUGCCGUCCUUGAGAGUCUCGCCAUGA